AUGCUUUCCCUCCUCCUAUCUUGGUGGUGGCCGCCCACAACCCAGAAUCCAAAAGGACCGGACAGACACGCCACGGGUCACCUCUACCUACCGGACACGCUCGCGUCGUGGCCGUGGCCACGCAGUGUCAAUCCGCACUACGAAACCGUGGCUGCCGAGUCGCUGCAGUGGCUCCAUUCGUACAACUUCUUCCCGGCCAAGGCCCAGUUGGCGUUUGACCGGUGCAAUUAUGAGCACAUCCGUAUCGGCUGUGACUUGAUGAAUGUCUUUUUUGUCAUCGAGGACGGCACCGACGACGAAUCCCCCGCAGAGACAACCAAGCGUGUCCGUCUGGUGACGGAGGCCCUCCGGAACCCGACGGUCGCCCGGCCGGAGGGUGAAUGGGGCGGUGUCGAGAUCGCCCGCGCGUUCUGGCACCGGGCGACCUCGACGCCGGGCGUGCGGCCGGCGACGGCGGCGCGUUUCCUGCGCCACUUUGAGGGCUAUCUGCAGGCGGUCGCCACGGAGGCGGCCGACCGGGCCAAAGAGCGUCUGCGCGGUCCACCCGUGUACACGCUCGACAGUUUCCUGCACGUGCGCCGGCGCACUGUCGGCGCCCUGCCGUCCUUUGUCCUGCUGGAGCUGGGCCUCCCCGCGCACGUGGACGACGAGUCCAUCACGGCGGCCGCCGACCACCCCCUCGUCCGCGAGCUGGCCAGCGUGGCCACCGACAUGAUUUUGAUUGGCAAUGACCUCGUCUCGUACGACCGCGAACGUGCCUCGGGCGCCGUCCACAACAUUGUCACCGUCGUCCUCAAAAACCCGCCCGACAAGGACGUCCCCCAUGCGCCCCCGCGCAUCGAGACGGUCCAGGACAGCGUCGACUGGGUGGCGGCCUACCACCAGACGCUCCUGGCGCGAUUCCUGGGCCUGUACGAGGCCGUCACCGUCCUCGCAGGGGCGCCCCAGGCCCUCCCCGGGAUGGUGGCCACCCCCCUCCUCCUCUACGCGGACGGCCUGGGCAACUGGGUGCGCGCCAACGACCAGUGGAGCUUCGAGAGCGUGCGGUACUUUGGGGCCAACGGGGGCGCGGUGCAGGCAACGCGGCGGGUGGAACUGGUGCCGAUGGGGGUGUGA